GGUGGAAGGGCAACACUGACCGAAAGUACACCUCAUAAAUUGUAAGCUGCGUGUGCUUCUUUUUAAUGCCUCCAAUGGCUGCUACGUCUUAUUUCUCUUGGGCUGCUUUUCUGCUAUUUUAAUCCAUCAUUUCUACCCCCUUCCAGUACUAAAUGGCGGGCAUCUGCUAUGGAUUUCUGAAUCAGAGUAGCGUGUCGUCGUCAUCUUCUUCGUGCGAGACAUCUUCCCGGUCGGCCAGGAGGAGGAGACCGGAGAUCGGUAAGAUUGAGUUAGUUUCCGGAGUAGCUCCGCCGGAAACAGAGAAUCGACUGAAACGUCCUCGUUUGGAGAUGUGUUCCUCUUCAGGAUCGAGUUCGAGGCCGUGCUGUAACGUCGUUAACAAUUCUGAAGGCUCCGACGCUGAGGAGACGGCUGUGAAUAGAAAACCUGGAUUGAUUUUGAGCUCGUUGACUUCAGGUUUGUUGCCUAAAUUCGGAGUGGCCUCCUUCUGCGGACGCCGGCGGGAUAUGGAAGAUGCGGUUGCGAUUCAUCCGUGGUUAUGCCCUAAGGAUCGCGAAAACAACACCGAAUUGCACUACUUCGCAGUCUACGACGGCCAUGGAUGCUCUCACGUUGCGAUGAAGUGUAAGGAACGGUUACACGCGCUCGUUAAGGAAGAGGUGGAGAAGAAAGAGGAUUGGAAGCGCGCGAUGGAGCAGAGCUUCAGUCGCAUGGACGAGGAGGUGAUUGCGUGGAACGAGAGCGUCGUUCGUGGCAGUUGCCGGUGUGAGCUGCAAAGCCCGGACUGCGACGCCGUCGGGUCAACCGCCGUCGUUGCAAUUGUAACCCCGGACAAAAUCAUAGUGGCCAAUUGCGGCGAUUCCAGGGCGGUCCUCUGCCGGAACGGCAAAGCUGUUCCUCUCUCCAAUGAUCAGAAGGUGAGGAAAUGACUCUUUCUCAGAUUUAAUCGAUUUUAACUGGAUUCGAAAAUCGAAACUUCUGUUAUUAGUAUUCCGGCUUGUUCGUUCCCAAUUUCGGUUUUCAAUUGUGCAGCCGGAUCGCCCGGAUGAGUUGAAUCGGAUCCAGGAAGCGGGCGGGCGGGUCAUAUACUGGGAGGGUGCUCGGGUCCUCGGAGUCCUGUCGAUGUCGAGAGCCAUCGGCGACAACUAUUUGAAGCCCUAUGUGAUAUGUGAGCCGGAGGUGACCGUCACCGACCGGUUGCCGGAGGACGACUGCUUGAUUCUGGCCAGUGACGGGUUAUGGGACGUGGUGUCGAACGACACCGCAUGCGGAGUUGCGCGGAUGUGCCUGAACGGGAAGAAGCCGGCGUCUCGCCAUGGCCUGCCGGAGAAGGAAAUAGCACUGCAGAAUUCCGACAAAGUUUGCUCCGAUGCGUCGGUGUUGUUGACGAAGUUGGCCCUGGCGAGGCGGAGCUCGGACAACGUGAGUGUAGUCGUGGUCGACUUGAAGAAGGCCACGUAGAUCCGUGGAGAUAUUAUCAUGACUAGUGAAACGUGUUAGUUUUUUGGUAGCAGUGAAACGUGUUACUUAGUUAGAGAUAUUUUGAUAUGAGUGUUUUUUUCCCUAGCAUUUCUAUGUUAUGUGAAAAUUCUAAGGGGUAACAAACCUCUUGAUUUUUUUCAUCGUUUACACGCAGAAAUUCACUUUUUACCGAAUUCAACUUUUUUGCCUUCUUUUGCAGUGGUUAUAAAUAUGUAAUCCAUGCCGUCAGAUCUACUACGAAA